UUAGGUUAGAAUUAGAGUUUGAUUGUGAUUCACAUAUACGAUAUGUGAUUUUGUAAUAUAUUUCCAGCUUUGUGUUGAUUAUGCAUUAUGUAUAAAAGAAAUGUUAUUGAAGUUGAUUAAGAAAAACUGUAUUUAUAACAUAAAAACCGGCCUUUAAGUCUUCCAUAUACAUAUAUCUUGUACAUUUUGUACAUAUCAAGUACAUACAGAGAUGGCCAUGGAAGAUUCCUCAGAAACAACAAGACUGUUAGAAAAUUCAUCUCUUUUAAACACAACAGACAAUGAGGUAAAAACGAAAAUGAAACAAUUAUUGGGGAAAAAAGUUUUUAUUGGCCAAUACUUAGAAAGACGCUAUGUGGAAUCUCUUAAAACGUAUAAAGAUAUAAUUCUGGUAAGCAUGGAAGAGGAUGAAUUAAUAAAAGCUUUGAAGGAAAUUCAGAAAAUAGUUCAAUCUUAUUAUGGUACAUCUAAAUGGUUAGGCAUAACAAGUGAAACCAAGGAUGACACAGUAGUGGGGUAUUCCCUUUGGGUUGACUUGGAACAAAUACCUUUGGGUAAACACUGGUUCCAAAUACGUUCGAUUAAAUUUAAGGGCAAAAUGAUAUCCAUAACAGUAAAGCAUUUGAAACUAUUCCAAGUAAAUGAGAACAAAGUUUUCCAGGAUAUGGAGUUUCCUGUGUUUAAUUUAAAGGGAAUUUUAACAUAUAACAAUAUAUGCGAAGCUAUAAAAUUCAAUUCGAUUAUGAUAAUGACAAUAAUAACGUUUGUUAUAAAUGCUCUAUGGUAUCUUAGUGAAUACAGUUUAAAACUGACUCGUGAAUUAUCAUUUUUAAUACGAGCGUUAACUCCAAUAUUCUUAGGAAUUAUAGACUUCUUAAGUAAAUGUGUCGGUGGUUUAUACUUGUUAAUUCUAAUGUUGUUUAGGGGAAAUUCUGGUCCACCAUUGCCUCAUAAUGCAUUAGCAGUUGCAUUUAAUCAAAAACGUGUUCCCAAUAUGCAAAGAAAACCCAUACCCUACAACUCGUACAAAAGACAAUAUUAAAUGUAUAUUAUAGAGGCACUCCCAUGAUAUUAGUUAUAAUCAUGUAUAAUUUUAAUUCUAUUAAUAGAUUCAUAUUUUUAUAAUCAAACGCAAUUGAAAAUUUUGUAAAUUCAGUAACAAUUACUUUAAUCAAUCACUAAAUUUGUAGUUUUCAAAAUUAUUACGGCGGUUACAGUUUAUUAAUUAUUGUUUUUAAUUUGUAUAGAUAUUGAGUUUAAUGAUUCGAAUAGCAUAUGAUCUAAAUUUCACGGAUCUAAUAAUUCUCCUUUAAUUUAGUUAUUACUUGUUGCAGUUUAUCGUCUGCGCUAUUUUUGCCUCUAUUAUGCGAAAAUAAAUUUUAGGGACCAGUAUUCAAACAUAUUCAUGGUCAUUAGCUGAAGGGCUUAAAUAUAUAACUGGUUACUGAUCUAUUUUUUAUUUAUGGGGACAUCAUAUAUACAGUAUUUACAUAUAAGAUUACGUUUAGUGUGUGCUAAAUUUGCAUGAUAUAUUUCAACAUGUCUUCAGUAUAUUUAUACGCUUGAAUUUACUACAUCGUAUUAAAAAAAAAUGCAACGUCGAUGUUCAAAGCCUUUUUCAAAAUACGUUUGAAAAAAAUCGUUUGCAAUAGCUUAGUCACAAUGCAGUGUUAAUAUGUAUAAAGCGAUAACAGUGCUUGUCGGAUUAAAACGAAUAGCUAUUAUGUGAAAGUGGUAUACAGAUAUAUUUUCUAUAAAAAUAAUGCAGCUAAAAUGAUUUUCAUUUUGUAAUGUUAUAAUACAAAACUUGUUAUGAAUUCA